AUGCUGGGCGGCAAGGUGGCGGUCGUCUGCGGCUACGGGGAGGUCGGCAAGGGCUGCGCGCAGUCGCUGCGCGGCCAGGGCUGCCGGGUGAUCGUGACCGAGGUCGACCCGAUCUGCGCGCUGCAGGCCGCCAUGGAGGGGUACGAGGUCGACACCCUCGAGAAUCGCAUCGAGACGGCCGACAUCUUCAUCACCGCCACCGGCAACAAGGGGAUCAUCACGGCCGAGCAGAUGGGGCGGAUGAAGGACAAGGCAUAG